UCUAGGAACUGUCACAAAAGUAUAAAAAGUGAUUUAGAGAACAAAAUUAAAUGUUUCAAGUUAAAUAUUUUAAAAAAGUGUGAUAAACAAGAGUGAAAUGGAGUGCAAUUAUGUAUCAGAAAACUGCCGAGCAUGUCAAAUAAAGACAGAGGAAGAGUCUCAAAAGAUAUUCAUCUUUGACACUGAGAAGCUUCCGGACAUCUUCAAGGAAACCACAUCCCUGGACAUUAAUGAAAACGAUGGACUACCCGGAGUAUUAUGUUUCUCCUGCUACGAUCGCCUCCUGGAAGCCUACAACUUCAGGAAAAUGUGUUCCGCUGCUGUUCUGCACUUCCGGAAGAUCAUGUCAAUGGAUAUUCCGGAGGAGAAAUACACCCCACCUGAAACGACUGAUGUUCUGACGGUUUUUACACCAAUGAAUAUAAAGGCAGAUCCAGAUUCAUAUGAUCCUGGCUUUUCUCCGAACAGAGAGGAUUAUCUUUGUGAAAUUCCUAAUAGGCCAUCAAUAGAUGAAAAACCCCUGAUACAUAAAAGAGAUCCUGAUGAUGGUACUUUCUUAAGCUCUCGAAAGCUCAACGCGACGCACAACAAAAUGACAGAUAUGGAUGCUUCCGGCACUAUGAUAUGCUCCAUCUGCGAUUCCAGGUUCCAGAGGAAGUCACUCCUGGAGAUGCACAUUAGGAAGAAACAUCUGGGAUUGAAGCCCUAUGAAUGCAAAAUAUGCGGGAAAGGAUUCAAGACAUCCUCAGGACUCAAGGUCCAUAUCGAAACGGAACGUCCAAAACGAUCUUGUAUGAGAAAUAAUCCAAGCCUUACAUACUACCAAGAGGAUACUGAUAAGUUAAAAAGCCACAUGGAGACUAACAAAAUUCAUCAGGGAGUGAAAGACUAUUACUGUUCCCGGUGCAACAGAUCUUUCGCUACCGUAACAAAUCUGAGGCAUCACAUGAUGCGUCACGAAGGUAUUAAGAAUCAUGAAUGCACAAUUUGUGGAGUCAGGAAAGUAACAAACUAUGAGCUGAGUAUCCAUAUGAAUACUCACACGAAAGAGAAAAUGUGGGAUUGUGAAUUUUGUUCACACAAAUUCAGUAUACGGUUAAAUCUGCAACGGCACUUAAAGACAGUUCAUCAUGGAAUUAGAGACUACCACUGCACUAUCUGCGAGAAAUCCUUUAAAAACAGUAAAAAUUUGAAAUAUCAUCUAAUGCUCCACAGUGGAGAGAAGCCUUAUGCCUGCAGCCAAUGCCCAAAAAGAUUUAUCACAAAAGAUCAAUUGAGCACUCAUAAAAAAGUUCACUCAGGGGAAUACUUCGUCUGUAAACUUUGUCCAUUCAAAACCAUUUAUAGAGCGCAACUGACACGCCAUGUGAAAGUAGUUCAUCAAAAAGUGAAGGACUUCCAUUGUCCGUAUUGUAAGAGAUCCUUUGGAAACUCAAGGACCCUUAAAAAUCAUGUGCUGACGCACACUGGAGAGAAGCCACAUGCCUGCGUGGAAUGUGAAAAGAAAUUUAUUACACCAACAUCCCUUAAAUAUCAUAUGAAGAGUCACGAGAGUAACGAUAAUUCCGGGUCCGGGCCUAAUCUUGACAUCAAGCAGGAGCUCAUUAUAUAAAUUAAAAAAAUCAAAAUAAACUCCAAUACCAAAUCUAAUGCGUUGGAUCGUCAAGUCAAUUCCGUACCCACUCAAGAGGUUGACGAGGCCUCGACCUCGAGGUCUCCUAGGGAGACCUAGCACAAGGUGGCUGAAUUAAAUUCAGAAUAAUUAACAUGUAUGGUAUAUGAAAAUAUACACUGUCAUAUAAGGAAUAAGUAAGUCACAGUGUAGGGCUUUCUAUUAAUGAACAUGCAAAGGAUACAAGGCUUUUACUAUGUAUUGCUUUCGUAAUAUUAACAAGUAAGUUAUUUGAAAGGGUACACCAUCAUGUAAGGCUUAAAUAAAGUAAGGUGUAAAGUAAACCAUUCUUUUAAUCAACACCUAAACUAUCCUAAAGCUUUACCAUAUUUUGCUUUCAUAAAACCUAGAAAUAAAGUAUAUGAACUCAGUGGCGCAAUAGGCAAGACCGUUGGUUCUUGGACGGAUGAGAUCUCUAACUCGACUCUAACCGUUAUGAGUUCGAGUUCCGCCCGGUGCAAAGAUCUGAAUGUUUAGAAAAAGACAUUUUCACUAUGAAAUAACGUAAUAUAAAUGCAUCGCCUCUGCCCAAAAAACUCCGGGAGCAUGGAAGAAGCAUCCACACUGCGGGGAAGGCGCUCCUGGGUGGUCUUCAUAUAGACAUAGCGGAUUUUUUCAACACAGGAUAGAACAACAAUAUAACAUGAUUACAUUGUACAAAUAUCUCGAUACGAUUAAUAAUAAUUAUGAAAGUUUUA